AUGUAUGUGGUCGAGAGCAAAGGUGGAAGCCAUAGGAUGUUAUGCUUACUUUCUCUGUUUUUGCUUUAGGAAGCGUGGCCCGCUAUUAUGAACUCUGCUAGAAAGGACCGAUGGCGUCUUCCUCAACACACUUACCUUGAUUAUUCUAUCACCAAUCUUUUGGCUGCUGUAAUUAUAGCUUUCUCAUUUGGUGAGAUUGGCAAGAGCACACCUGAGUCGCCAAAAUUUCUUAACCCAAACUUUCUCAGGAUUAAUGCUAAGAUACUUUCAAAUAGAAGGAAAAUUUGGCCCUCAAUUAUGUUUGCAAUGGCAGUGGAAAGUAGUUUAGCAUUGGAAAUUAUCCACACAGUAUGCGAUUGGGGCUUUUGUGGUUUAUCUGUGGUGGAAGUCAUUACUUGUAGCAUAACUGUUGUUAUAGGAACAACUCUGAAUUAUUUCUUGGAUGACAAAAUUCUAAUAAGUAAAUCGACCUUUAAGGCCUAUAUCAACGACUGGAAUGGCAGAGGCUGGGCUUCCUGGCUGGAUUGCUAUUGUGGGUUUGGAAAUGGACUUCAGUUUAUGGAGGGUCAGGGUGCUGGGAUAUGCAGCAUUGGCUCAGUGCUGUUCAG